CACGCCGGUUGAUACUGUUCCAGCUCUGCAGCCAGCUGGUCGGACAGCCGGUGGAGGCACCGUGAACUCGUCCGUUCCUCCGCGUCUGACACGCGAGUGCGAAGUCACAGACCUGAUCCCUGCAAAUCAUUGCGCCGCGACGAUUUCUGGACGCGUAUAAUUAUUAUCGGUCUCCCGUUUCGUCUUUCGUGAUCAACCGAGCGACUCUAUCUUCCGCUGGAGGUCUUGCCACCGAAACACAAAUGACCGGAGGCGGGACCAACAUGGCAUAUCAUGGCCUCAGCCAGCACGUUAAUUUCGACACGAUACCAGAUCCUGGCGAACGUUUCCGGUUGGAGGAACUAAUCGGCGAGGGUACGUACGGCGAAGUGUAUGCCGCUUAUGAUAAGGAAACUGGCAGCAAGGUUGCCAUUAAAAUAUUGGAGAACGUCGCUGACAACAUCGAGGAAAUCGAAGAAGAAUACCUGGUACUGAGAGAUCUGAGCCUGCAUCCGAACAUUCCCCUCUUCCACGGUCUGUUUCUAAAACAUGCGAAACCCGGCCAAGAAGAAGAUCAGUUAUGGUUCGUGAUGGAGCUGUGCACCGGAGGCUCCGUGACCGAUCUCGUGCAGGGUCUCAAAAAACGCGGCAGCCGCCUAACGGAUGACCAAAUAGCUUACAUCUUGAAGGAGACCGUCGAAGCUCUCAUCUUUCUGCACAGCAAUCACUGCAUGCAUCGUGAUGUGAAGGGUCACAAUAUCCUGCUCACCGAAGAAGCGCGCGUCAAAUUGGUCGAUUUCGGCGUGUCCUCGCAUCUGGCCGCGACUCUCGCCAGGAAGAACACAUCUGUUGGCACACCAUACUGGAUGGCACCGGAGGUAAUAGCUUGCGAGCAGCAGCUGGACUCGUCGUACGAUUCGCGCUGCGAUGUCUGGUCGAUCGGCAUCACAGCCAUCGAGUUAGCGGAGGGCGAUCCGCCGUUAUCUGAAUUGCACCCUAUGCGAGCGCUCUUCCAAAUCCCGCGGAAUCCGCCCCCCUCGUUGAAGAACCCGGACAUCUACUCGGCGGAACUGACGGAUUUCAUAGCCGAAUGCCUGGUGAAGGAUCUCGAGCACCGGCCGUUUGCCAGCGAACUAAAGGAGCAUCCAUUGUUGAGGGGCACAGAGCAGGUCGCGGAGAGGAUCAGGGAACAGCUGAGAGAGGAGAUCCGCAGACAGAGAGCGGAUGGUCGCAUACAUCGGCAGCCGGAGGUGACUACGAAACACGGGAAAUUGAAGACGGACCGCAAGACGAGACCCGAGAAGAUGUACAUGGACGAUCUGGCGGCACUCGACAUGCUAUCGGAAGAGGCCAUCGUCGAUCAAUUGCAGCACCGGUACGAGCAAACGCAAAUAUACACGUACAUCGGUGAUAUACUGGUCGCCGUGAAUCCCUUCACCAACCUGGGCUUGUACACUGGUAUCGAGCAGAAACGGUAUAAGGGCCAAGCGAGAUCCGACAAUCCCCCGCAUAUAUUCGCGGUUGCCGACGCGGCGUAUCAAGCGCUACUUCAUCAACGUCAGAACCAGGCGAUAGUCAUCAGCGGCGAAUCGGGCGCCGGGAAGACGGAAAGCGCAAAUUUGCUGCUGAAGCAACUCGUUUACCUCAGCAAGGCGCCGAAUCGCAAUCUCGAAGAGAGGAUACUACAGAUAAAUCCUAUAAUGGAGGCCUUCGGGAACGCGACGACCGGCAUCAACGCGAACUCCUCCAGAUUCGGAAAAUAUCUCGAUCUAACGAUGACGAAGGGCGGAAAAGUGACCGGCGCGCGAAUCUCGGUUUACCUGUUGGAACAGUCGCGGGUGAUCGCUCAAGCUGAGUAA